CAGGAAGCCACUGAUCUCAACAGAACCUUUAGUCUCCAAACUCUGUCUAGUCCAUAAGUGUGACAGAGCACUUAACACUCCAUUAAUCCUUGUCCCAAACUGAAAGGCUGAAACAGAACAAUGGCAGUGACAACCCGAUGGACAUGGAAUGAGGAAAGAAGUUUUCAAAAGCUGCUUGGAAAUGUUUCUCUGAGACUUCUUUAUAAGUCUAGUGUCCAUGGAGAUGACAUUGCAGAAAUGCAGAAUAGGUGCAGAUGUCAAGGAUCCACUAUAACAGUGAUUUAUCAUUCCGACAGUAUUUUUGGUAUCUUUAUGCUUGGGCAUAGUUCUGAAAUGUCUAAAAGUUUUAUAGAGCCAAAUGCUUCCUUCUUUUUUUCACUUCAAAAGGAUGAAACAAUGGAAAUGAAAUCUGUAUUUUUAAAUUCAACAGUGACAAGUAAUAGUAAGAGCCUGAUAUUUAAUUUCUCUAGUUAUGACAAUAAGUAUUUAUCUCUAAAUUUCAGCAAAAGAUGCAUUAAUAUACCUAGAUCUUUAAAGGAAAAAUUAAGAGCAAAAUCUGACUCAAAUUUCAGCAAAAAAGGAGGAAUUAUGUUUUUAGAGGCGGAAUUAAGACCAAAAUCUGACUCAGACUCCCCAUAUUUAGAAUGUGAAGUUUUUCGAGUUGAAGGAAUUAAGGAUGAGACAGGCUACAUAAACAGGAUAACAAGAGCCACACAGCACAGAAAUAGUCUCCUAGCAGACGUCAGAGCCUACAGUCCCUUUGCAAACUUGGUUUCGGAAAUCCGUAUUCUCUUGCUGGGUCCAGUUGGGUCUGGAAAGUCCAGUUUUUUCAAUUCAGUGAAGUCCAUUUUCCAAGGCCAUUUGACUCGCCAAGCCAUAGUGGGAUCUGAUGUCACCAGCAUUACUGAACAGUUUAGUCCCCAUAAACCAAUUACACCCAAGCAUCCUACUUUCAUCACCUCUCCAUCACUGAAAGACAGGAUUCACUGUGUAGCUUUUGUCUUUGAUAUCAACUCUAUGGACAAUCUCUCCUCUAAAAUGAUGGUGAAGUUCAAGCAAAUUCAAAGAGAAGUAAUAAACUGUGGUGUAGCACAAGUAGCAUUACUUACUAAAGUGAAAAAUUGCAAUGAAGUUCUUCAAGACAACUUCUUAAAGAUGAAUAAGGCUAUGAUUUCUCAAAGCCAGAUACAGAAUGCCAACAGGAGACUAGGCAUUCCUCUUUCUAGAAUAUUGGUGGUUGAAAACUAUGCUUCAGAGAGGGAGAUGGACCUUUUAAAGGACAUUCUGAUCCUCUCUGCACUGAAGCAGAUGUUCCAGGCUGCAGAUGACUUCUUAGAGGAUUUGCAUCUUGAGUAAACAGAUGCAACUGCAGGAAUGUUCCAACUCUGCCUCAAUUGACUUGAUUCAGACACUUGGCCCAAGCUGGAGUUGCCAACAGCCUCUUUGAGAUUCUGCUUCUACUUGUGUUUUACUUUCUGUCCCGACAACAUCUAGCUGAUGGUUCCUUCUAAGAUCGGUCAUACCUCAAGUACAAUGGCCAAUCUUGAGCAGUAGUGGGCCAACAUAUGUCCUAUUGCAAACCACCUUUCGUAUUUAUGCACUAUUUACAAAUUAAUUUCUAUGACACCUUUGAAUAUAUCCUCAGCAAAAUUAACUGUUCCCUUACUUACUUGUCUUAAUUGUUUCAACACUUAAUUUAAAACUCAGUGUCAGUACUAACCCCACUGAGUAUAAAAUGGUUAUAGAUAUCUGCUUCUCUAAAUAGUGAGCUUUUCACGAAGCAGGGUUUGGAUUUUGCUUAUCUUUGUAUUCACAGAAAUUCACACACUGCCUGGAAGGGUGCAAGCAUACCUGCUAUUAAGCAUAUCUCCCGAUCUCCCCAGUGUGAUAACAUGUAUUUAAAAUUUUUUCCUUAUGAAAAGGAAGACUGUGAGAGAAUGAAAUGCUGGAGAGAAAUAAAGGAAGGAGAAUGUAUCACUUAACUCUGGAUGAAAAUAUGAAUUUAAGUUAAUUAAAAGAAACAAGUGUUCCCAAGA